UUUGUGGAAGAUUGUUUACAUGGUGUUGUUGAUUUUGCCCAUCAUCGUGGGUAUUAAAACGUGUGGCUGUAGCCUUGACCUGUGUGUAUUAAGUUUGAUUUCUCACAAUGUCACAACGUUUCAAUGUGUCUCAAUCAAUGUCAUUAACAAUAAGUUACGUGACGCAAAUGUUGCAGACAAGCCUUGGUCGUCGGGAGCGCGCAAUGCGGGGCUGCUCCAGCGCGCCCCCUGCAGUGGUGGCAGUGGAAGUGGACCUGGUGCUCGUGCUCGUCACCGUGUUGGCGCUGCUCACCAGACUGUGGGGGAUCCAGUUCCCUAAAGCUGUGGUCUUUGAUGAAUUGUACUACGGGCAGUUUGUGUCUCUCUACGUGAAACGGCUCUUCUUCAUCGAUGACAGCGGUCCACCGCUCGGCCACAUGGUCCUGGCAUUAGGAGCUUACCUCGGAGGAUUUGAUGGGAACUUUGUCUGGAAUAGAAUUGGCGCAGAGUAUUCCAGCAAUGUGCCCGUGUUCAGUCUGAGGGCGAUACCAGCCCUUGCAGGUGCCUUCUGCGUGCCCCUUGGGUACCAGGUGAUGGUGGAACUGGGGUGCUCCCACCUCACAGCCCUGGGGGCCGCCUUACUCCUUCUUCUAGAGAAUGCCCUCAUCACUCAGUCUCGCUUCAUGUUACUGGAGUCCUCCCUCAUCUUCUUCCUGCUCCUCGCUGUGGUGUCUUACCUGAGAUUUCGUAACAACAGUGGGGUGUCGUGCUGGGGGUGGCUGGUCCUCUCCGGAGUUUCUUGUGCCUGUGCGGUGGGGGUAAAGUACAUGGGUCUCUUCACUCACCUGCUCCUGCUGAGCCUGGCAGCUGUGCACACCUGGCGCCUUAUUGGAGACAGAACUUUGGGAAAUAUGACGGUGGCGGUUCAGGUGUUUGCGCGCUGUCUUGCGCUCGUCGUGUUACCUGUCCUACUCUACCUGGCUUUUUUCUUCAUACACCUGAACCUGCUGUAUCGAAGCGGACCCCACGACCAGAUGAUGAGCAGUGCCUUUCAAGCCAGCCUUGAGGGGGGUCUGUCCAGGAUCACACAGGGUCAGCCGCUGGAGGUGGCCUAUGGCUCACAGGUGACCCUGCGCAGUGUGUCAAGUCAGCCUGUGCCAUGCUGGCUUCACUCACACAAAGCUAACUAUCCCAUCAGGUAUGAAAAUGGUCGGGGUAGCUCUCACCAGCAGCAGGUGACCUGCUACCCUUUCAAAGAUGUCAAUAACUGGUGGAUAGUCAAGGACCCAGGCAGGCAGGACUUGGCAGUGAGCAGCCCUCCACGGACAGUUAAGCAUGGUGACAUCGUACAGCUCCUGCAUGGAAUGACGUCUCGCUUCCUCAACACACAUGAUGUUGCUGCUCCCAUGAGCCCUCACUCGCAAGAAGUGUCUGGAUACAUCGAUUUUAAUGUAUCAAUGCCUGCCCAGAACUUGUGGAAGGUGGACAUAGUGAAUCGGGAGUCUGACAGAGCGGUGUGGAAGACCAUAGUGUCAGAAGUGCGGCUGGUCCAUGUCAACACCUCUGCUGUACUGAAGCUCAGUGGACAGUCCUUGCCAGAGUGGGGCUUCAGGCAGCUGGAGGUGGUGGGAGACAAGCUGUCCAAGGGCUACCAGCCAAGUGGACUCUGGAACGUGGAGGAGCACCGCUAUGGCAGGAGCCAGGAGCAAAAGGAGCGCGAGCUGGAGCUGCACUCGCCCACCCACAUUGACGUGAGUCACAACCUCACCUUCAUGGCCAAGUUUCUGGAGCUGCAGCUGAAGAUGCUCACUAUGAGAAAUGAGGAGACUGAACACAAAUACAGCUCCUCCCCCCUGGAAUGGGUUACCAUGGAUACAAACAUUGUUUACUGGAUCCAUCCAUCCAGCAACGCUCAGAUUCACCUGAUCGGAAACGCUGUCACCUGGACUCUGUCCAACCUCGGCCUUGUUUUGUUCGCUGUGCUCUUUGUGUGGCACCUACUGAGACACCAGCGCCGGUCUCUGGAUGUCUCCAAAGAUGCGUGGAGGCAGUUUGCCGAAGCGGGUGCCGUGUGUGGGGGGGGCUGGCUCGUGAACUACCUGCCCUUCUUCAUGAUGGAGAAGACCCUGUUCCUGUACCACUACCUGCCUGCGCUCACCUUCAAGAUCCUGCUGCUGCCCGUCGUCCUGGAGCACCUGCACACACACAUCCUCAGGAGUCCCUCUCAGCGCCGGGUCCUGGAGGGUACAGUGCUGGCCGCUCUCGCUGCCGUUUACCUCUGUUACCGCGCUCUCAGUCCGGUCACCUAUGGGCAGCCAGAGCUCAACUCCACACAGCUGGCGUCUCUACGCUGGAGGGAAAGCUGGGACAUCCUGCUGCGGCGCCACUGAACACACGUUCUGCUGUGAGACGUGACUUGAUGAUUGGGAGGAAUUUGGACAUCUUAACUGCGUAGUGUUUUAUAGGAUGAUUUUAUGUCUCAUUAGGUUGUUUUUUUUUUUUUCCCUCCCCAACCAGUUCAUAUUUCCAGUGUUGUUUUCAGUAUAUUUUAUCCCACAAGAUGAAUUUUAUUAUAGGAAGCCUUGUACCCAGGUGUGCUGGGCGGCACCUUCACCACAAGCAGCGACACAAGCGGUGCUGUAAAACCUACAAUUUACUGUAGUAUACUGACACGACACAUAUGAGUAAUGGACCUGUGAAACUAACACAAGACGCUGAUUUCUCAUCUGGUGUUCAUUUCCGAUAAAGUUUUUAGCAUUUUUACGAGUGAACAUGUCAACUGUUUGGCACAUUUAAAAUAAAAGUGGAGUGAAAGUUUGAGUAAAA